CCUGUAACUAUUCAUUAUUAGUUUCGUGAAUAGUUUUCAUAAAGCAGGGGUGUAUACAACUGAAAACUAAUUCAGACUUAGAAGUUCUUGCUUUGCUGUUUUUUGGUGGGAAAACAAUAUUAAAUAUGACAGAACAAGUAUAGUUUCACAAGGAACAUUUUAGCUUUGUUAUACUUUUACAAUUCUUUGCCUUUGAUAAGAGGUAGCAAAAUGUAAACAUGACACUUUAAUAAGCACCAGAACUUUCUUCAGUUUACAUUUACCUGAGGCUUUUAUCCAAAGUGACUUACAAUUGCUAUAUAUGUCAGAGGUCGCACGUUACUCUGGAGAAACUAGGGUUAAUUGUCUUGCUCAGGGACACAUUGGUGUCUCACAGUGGAUUCAAACCCGGAUCUCUCACACCAAAGGCAUGUGUCUUAUCCACCACCCCCACCAUGGCCACCAUGUCUGACCAAUUCCUUUAGGCUCCACCUACAGCUUGUUAAAUGUUAAACCACUGCCUUUAACAGCUUAACUAUUCCCAUGAUUUGUCAUUAUGAUUGGUAUUAUGACCGCUCAGAUUGCCUGUCAUUCAAACUCCUGGCCAAGGGUCAUUUGUUCAGAGUCUGUAGAUUAUUAGAUCUAUGGAUAAAAUAGAAUUGUAAUAGGCUGUUGGAGUUAAAGAAUAUUAGACCCAUGUCAGACUACAGAUCUGGUAACCAGGUUUACCCUCUUGCUAGCUGUUUCUGGAAAGUUAUAAACUUACCUGAAAAGACCUGAAAAUGAGGCUUAAAAAUCAGAGGAUUCUGAAAAUGAUCUCUAUCCUGUCAGUGUCCCUCUUAUUGCUGAAUUGUCUAGGACGAAGGACAAACUGUCCUCGUAAGGAAAAGCUGGUCUUCAAUAGCUUACUAAAGCAAGAUGCUGGAGAACUACAAGCUUGUUCUGCUAUUUUCCAAGGAGACAUGGAUGGAGUGGACAAGGAGGCUUUCAGGAAACUCCUGGCCUCUAAAAAAAGAAAAACCCAGCUAUCAGAGUCAUUCUAUCUCGAUGCAACCAAGGAUUGUCCAUCCUACAUCAGAGACAGAGGAUUUCUGACUGUUUCUCUCAGUAAAGAGGAGAAAGAUUUCCCCAUUGCUUACUCCAUGGUGAUCCAUGAGAAGAUUGAGAUGUUUGAAAGGCUCCUGAGAGCCAUUUACACUCCUCACAAUGUGUACUGUGUUCACGUGGACCAGAAGUCUCCUGAGAUCUUUAAACAAGCAGUAAGAGCCAUUGCAUCCUGCCUGACCAAUGUAUUUGUGGCCAGCAAACUGGAGAGUGUGAUUUAUGCCUCCUGGUCUCGAGUUCAAGCGGACAUCAACUGCAUGCAAGAUCUGCUCAAGUCACCUGUCCAGUGGAAGUAUCUGCUCAACACCUGUGGUACGGAUUUCCCCAUUAAAACCAAUGCAGAAAUGGUCCAGUCUCUAAAACACCUGAAUGGAAAGAACAGUUUGGAGUCCGAGGUCGUAAAGGGGAAACAGUUGCGCUGGCAGUAUCAUCACAAUGUUACGAACAUUGUGACUCGGACAGAUGUCAAAAAGUCGCCUCCACCAAUAAAGACCCCCAUGUUCUCAGGAAACGCUUACUUAGUGGUUUCAAGAGAGUUUGUGGAGUACAUCUUCAAAAGCAAAAAGAUUAAAAACUUCAUGGAAUGGGAGAAAGACACAUACAGUCCAGAUGAGCACAUGUGGGCAACGUUACAGCGGAUGCCUUCAGUACCAGGAUCCAAUCCUCCAAACAUCAAGUACCAACAAUCGGACAUGAACGCGAUUGCUCGUCUGGUGAAGUGGAGCUACCUUGAAGGAGAUCUAGACAGUGGAGCUCCCUACCCACCAUGCACUGGGAUACAUAGACGGGCAGUUUGUGUCUAUGGAGCUGGAGACUUGAAAUGGAUUGUGCAGCAACACCAUCUUUUGGCAAACAAAUUUGAUCCAGUAGUAGAUGAUGUAGCAAUCAAAUGUAUAGAGGCAUUUUUAAGGUACAAAGCUAUUUAUGGUCAAUCAUUACUAACAGUUAAAAAAUCAGACAUUAUUUUAUGAUGUUUUUAAUAAUGGCUUACAAUAUUAUGGAGCCCCCCACAUGGCAUGCAGCAAAAAAAGUAGGCUAAAUCAUGCGCACAAUUUACUAUUCGUUCCCUCUAUUUUUUAAUUGUCCACACAAUAUACUAAUUCAUUCCCUCUAUUUUCUAAAUUGUGUACACGAUUUAUAAACUGAGACAAUGAAUUAGUAAAUUGUGCGGACAAUUUAGCAUAUUGAGGGAAUUAAAUAGUUAUCGUGUUCACAUUUUAGUACAUUGAGGGAAAGAAUUAGU